AUGUCGAAAAAAUCCUCAAAUGUGGAACAGAAACAAAAAGAGGCAAAGGAGGCUAGUGAAAGGCUAAUCCAAAUGGAAAACGAACAGCGAGUAAAGGAGCUAGAGAUCCAUAAGCUGACCGCUGAGCUGCAGCUGACAAAACAGCGAACCGAUGAUGCAAGGAAAGUUGCUGCUCUCAACAAAUCCCGGGCUGAAGAAGCCGAACGAAGAUCGCAA